UAGGUAUAGUCUUGGAGGCACAGUAUAAAGAGAAGUCAGGGAUAUCUCUUUAUUUUUGUUAAAUUCGUCUAGUGGUGAUCAAUAGAGUUAAAAUGUCUUCAGGGACAUUCAAAUAUUUAACUAAUAUACACUGCCAUGUCUGUAGAAGAAGAGUGAAACUCGUUCCUGUACGAUACAUGAGUUGGUUGCAGAGCCCAAAUUUUAGCUUCAAAAAGCUUAUAAAAGUCAUGUUGAGAUACCAUCAAUAUUUUUUAUGUUCAUUGUGUAGUCACUGGGUGUACCAUACAGCAAUACUCAACACAGAUUACAGUGGAAUGUCCUAUUGCUUUGUGUGUAAAAUGAAAAUUAUAAAACCUUUUGCAUUCCUGAGCAACUACAAUAACCCACUGUUUCAGCCUAAAGAGCAUAUUAUAGACAGAAGAUAUGUACACAAAGAAUGUGUGGCAAUUUCAGAGAUACUGCGAUUAGUCUAUAUGAUAAUUGAAUCUGACGACUGGACUCUGCUGAAACACAUCCGAGGGUACAAAGUACUAACACCAUAUCUUUGUGCUCCGAUAGUUAUCCCAACAAAAAUACCUAGACCAUUUGGAAAAAUUUGUAUAAAUCACACAUUACCGAAACUUCAAGUGGAUCUAGAAGAAGUCGAAAAUCAGAUGAGAUGGCUCUGUAUUCAAAAUCCAAAAGCAAUUUUAUUCUAAGAUACAGUUUAAAGUUUUAAUAGACAGUAGUGAAAAUUGCAGGUGUUACCUACAUAAAGCUUUAAAUAUUAGUCGUUAGUUAAAUAAUGUUAUGGUCGCUACAGA